GUCAGUGCGUUGUUAAUUAGCUGAGAGGCAGUGCAACAGAAAUACGAAUCAACUAGUUGCGUUUUUCCGCUUGAUAACAAACUGUUGUGUUUGAUUGCUUCACUAGACCUUUGGUACUCAACAGAGGCUUGACAGAAAUUUGAAAGUGGUGAAAUAUCCCUAAAGGGCCUUGGAGUAGCACCUGGCGUUUAAAAAUUUAGCAGCUGGCGUUUUGGAAAUCUAGCACUUUGAGAAUGGCAGCAAAUGACAGCUCAGAGAUGAACAGCACUUUAAAACCCUCUGUUGUGGAUAAAGAAUAUCCCUUACCGCUGGUUAUAGGAUAUGUCAUCUUGUAUGUUGUUUUCUUCACAUUCGCCUUCUUUGGAAACAUUAUGGCACUGCUGACAUGCUACAAGAAAUACCGCACAUCACAAUCAAUUCUUCUCUGUUACAUCUCGAGUUUAGCGCUUGCAGAUCUUUUGUUUGCCAUUCUCUCCAUUUUUGACACCGUCUACUUCUUUCUGGGUGACUGGCCCGGUGGCAAUCCCGUGUGCAAAAUUCAAGGGACUCUAAUCGAGAUAUCGUACUCCGCAUCAAUACUAACCUUAGUAGCAAUCAGUUAUGAAAGAUCGCGAUCUGUCACAUCGACAAGUCUGGCCAGAAAUCGCGGUAUCGAGCAACGCACCAUAGUCAUAAAAAUUGUGUGGAUUGUGUCGGUUAUUUUAUGCGCACCUUUAUUUUACGGGUACGCGACGAAAGAAGUGAACGGUGUGCAGCUCUGUUUGAACACUAACUGGGGUGACAGCGGGAGGCAAACCUACUAUAUCCUUCAAGCAGUUUUCAUAUUCAUUUGCCCUUUAGUUUUCAUGAUUUGGGCGCAUACGAAAAUUUUGCGCGUUCUGCAAACGCACGUCAAGAACACUUCAGGAGUGGGAUCCGUCGAGUCAAAACAACACAAAGUAACGAAGAUGUUAGCUGUAGUGACCCUGGUCUUUUUUUGCUGUUGGUCUCCGUUUAUCAUCGUUCGCGCACUGCGCUACUUUUACGUCUACGAGGGAAACGAACUGUGGAAACUCACGCAACUGAUCAUAUUUGGAAAUUCGGCAGCCAAUCCAAUUUUGUACUGCUUCUACAGCGGACAGUUCCGAAGAUCUUUUAAAGAGAUUAUCAGAUGUAAAUUUGAAUUUGAAAGUCGACGUAAAAGUCGCACCAAAAGUCAUUCGACCUUCGCUUUGCACAACGUCCGUCAUAACAGCGUAAAAAGAACCGCUGCGAUAGAAAUGCAUCGUGAUUUGACGCUGAACAGCUCCACUACGGAUUUUCAGUAGAAAUAGAAGAUCUCAUGUCUUCAUACUAAUCUUCUAGCCUUUGAAAACAGUUUUCCCGACCGUCCAGAGAGAACGGUUUUCUGCGCGUUUGCUGGGAAAUAUUUCAAGAACUCCCACUUAUAAACAAUUCUUUGUAAGAGCACGGUGACCCUGUAUCUCUCACCUGGUGGUUCGAGCAUCUUCAUCAGAAAAACUACUCUUUAUUUCAAAACUAUUAGAGAAUAUCAGUAGGGGUCGAGACCUCUUAUUGCGCGUUAUAUUGAAGUUUAGAUCUCAGAUCAAAACAAAGUUAUCCACAUGGAUCAUGUCGUUUCAAUUGUUGAAUACUAAACGACCGGAUCUAGCAAUUACAACGCAAUUUCCGUCCCAUAUUUCAUGACCAUGUAAAAAAUUUAUUGCUCAUCAUAAGCAAGAAAGAUGUAAUAAUACUAUACCGUCGCUUUCCUUCACAUCAUACAAGCAAAUGAAAUUUCGCGAACAGAAGUUCAUUUAUGUUUUAGGAUAAUAUAUUAAGAUUGAUUUUUUUUACUUAAAGGGCCUGCUGGUUGCGGCAAAAGAAAAU